UGUAUAUCAAAAAGUUCCGGUUUUCGGGAUAAAAAUAUUAAAUUCUAAUAUUUUACAUGGUUUUGAGUUAAUGUUUUUGAAUUGUUAUGGAGUAAUAAAUAGUUAAGCAACAAUUAACUAGGAAUUCGAUCAACUUAAAUUUAGGAAUGCCAAGUUUUUAGAUUAAUAAAAUGUUUAACGUCAGGUCUUUCAUCGGAUUACAAAAUGUAAUAUCUCGUUUUCCUACAACCCAAAGACAUUUAAAAUUAAUAUAUCCACGAUUCUCAACUGUUCAACCAGAAUCAGAAUAUAAAAUUUCUGAUGAAGAUAUAACUAGAUUGAAAAGAAAAUUUGCGUCACCACGUAACAUUGUUUCAAACUUUUAUAAUCAAGUUGAACGAACACAGAACAUAAAGACAGGCUGUCAUUUUGGUUUCAACAAGAACAAAAAAAAUCAAUGGACCUGCAAAUUAAGUGUUCAAUGGCCCAACCCUAUUGUAUUUUCGAGUGUUGCUACUACCAAAGCCAAAGCUGGAGAAACAGUGUCUUUAAAUGCUAUUCAAUGGUUACAAGAUAUGGAAAAACUUGAUCAUUCAGGAAAGCCAUUAAUAGUAUCGAAUAAACAACGUAUAGAUGUAGCUUCAUCGCCAAUUGCUUCAAUAGAUUUGAGCGAACAAAAUGUUAAACAAAUUUCAAGCUUGGUGCAAAAAUACAAUCAGGACAUUAAACCAUUAAUAAAUAAAGGAAAACCAGUAUUUAUUGAGGAUGGCCAAACUGAUGAGGAUGAGUUAAAUUAUGUACUACCUUCAUUUUCACAUUUUGACCAUACAAAUCGAAACGAAUAUCUUUAUAAAAAUUCUACACAGACAUUGAAAAAAUUAGUCCAAUUACCUAUAGAUAAUUACGAAUUAGAUAUACUUAAUAUGAUCGAGAAUAAUCAAGUAACCAUUAUAAAAGGAGAACCCGGUUGUGGUAAAAGUACUAGAGUGCCUAAUUUCAUUAUGAAAAAAUAUAGCCAAGAAAAAAAAGGAAGUGAAUGCAACAUUUAUGUGACUCAGCCAAGACGAAUAAGUGCACUAACACUUGCUAAUCGAGUUGCUGAAGAACGUUCAGAAGAAUUGGGUAAUGUAGUUGGUUUUCAAGUGCGGUUGAAGCAAAUAUUGCCCAGAAAACCGGGAACUAUAGUAUUUGCAUCUAGCGGCAUACUGCUUCAAAAACUACAAGCAGACCCAGGACUUAAAGAAUUUUCACAUGUUAUUAUUGACGAAGCCCAUGAACAGGAUAUAAACACAGAAAUAUUGCUGAUGCUUACAAAAAAUGCUUUGCAGUUAAAUGAAAAAUUAAAAUUGAUUGUAAUGAGUGCAACGUUAAAUGCUGAACACUUCCAAAACUAUUAUGGCCACUCAGCUUCAACUAUUGAAAUACCAGGUUUCACACAUCCUGUAAAAACUCAAUUCUUAUCGAAACAAUUGGCUAGGGAAUGGGGUUUAUUUGAUACAACUGUUGAAGAAAAUGGAAAACCGUACUGGAAUCCACAACUAGUAGCAAACGUUAUACAAUGGAUCCAUAACAAUAAAUCACCUGGAGCUAUACUGUGUUUUGUAUCUGGUUGGCAAGACAUAAUUGAUGUGAAUAAACUGCUACAAAAAAGGCGUCAUAAUUUUGAUAUAAUGUUUGCCCAUUCUAAAUUGACACCUGAAAAACAAAUAGAAAUCAUGAAUCCUGCAAGCAAUGGAAGACGAAAAGUUGUGCUGGCUACAAAUAUUGCUGAAACCAGUAUUACAAUUAAUGAUGUAGUAUAUGUAGUUGACACUGGUAUGCAAAAUAUAUCUAGUUGGAAUGCCGAAAAAGGUAUUAAACUAUUGGAUCGUUGUUGGGUCUCUCAGGCUAAUGCUAAACAAAGGAGAGGUCGUGCAGGAAGAACUCAGCCCGGAGAAUGUUAUCAUUUGUAUACAUUGGAUCGAUUCAAUAACUGCUCAGAGUAUCCUACACCAGAGAUUCAACUAACUCCUCUUGAACAUACUAUUAUUAAUCUUAAGAUACAUAGCCAGGAUAAAGCCAGGGUUGUAUUGUCCAAGCUUUUGAAUUCACCUAGUGUAGAAACCAUAGAUAUUGCCGUUUCGGAGUUACAACUUCUUGGGGCAUUAGACAGAGAAGAGAAACUAACAGCAUUAGGAAAACGAAUAGCUGCAUUCCCGUUUGAUCCAUGUCUAUCAAAAGCUUUAGUUAAUUCUGUAUUUUUUAAAUGUCUAGACUCUACACUAACAAUAAUAACCUACUUAUCAAGUAAUAUGAAUAUAUUUAAAGAAACAACUGCAGCUGAUUCACGAAUAAUAAAAAAGAACUAUUCAUCGUGUAGUGAUCACCUGGCUGUGGCAAAAAUAUAUUCGGAAUGGAACAGCACACAAAACCACUAUAACAACAACAGUAAUUCUUCAUUAUCAAGAAAUAAUCUUAUACUUAUAAACAAAUUGAAAAAUUUAUUUACACAACAUUUGUAUAAUAGUAUGCUUCUUGAAGACAAAGACAUGAAUAAUUUCAACUUAAACUCUGAAAAAUCAUUAGAUCAACUUGUACCAGCUGUAUUAAUUUCUGGAUUUGGAAAUUUAGUUUUCAGAAGAUCAUUUAUGCGACGGAAUGGACGUUUAGAUUAUACAUUCAUUAAUGAUGCUGGAAUAAAAGUUAUACUGCAUUCAGAAAGUGUAAAUUAUAAUAAAGAUAAAGAAAAUGAGUUAUUAACUUAUUUUAGAGAAGGUAGGUCUCUUGACCAUGAUGCUGUAAUGCUUAAUAAAUCUUCAUAUGUUCCUCCGACAUUAGCUGUAUUGUUUUUUAAUGGUCAAGCAUCAUUUAAGCAUGAUGGACACAAUAAUUGUUUGAUAUACAUUCGAAAUGGAAAGCGUGUUAAUAUUUCCUGUUCUAAAGGUGAUUGGGAAACCUUAUUAUCACUGAGGAACGUUAUAAAGCGUUUUAUUGAUUUUCUAACGGAGACAUACGGUCAUUAUGAAACUAAUGAUCAAUCUUUUGAUGAAAUUAUGAAUUUCCGUGAUUCAUUGUGUUCUGUUUUAUGUAAGCUUGUUGAAAAAUAAUUCUUUUCUCAUAGUUGUGUUAAAUGUUCUUAGUUUAUAGACAGUUGGAUUAUGAUAUAUAAUUUUUUUAUAUUAUAGAAUUUAACAUGCUUCUCAUUGUACAAUUUAAAUACAAUACAUUUUAUAUUUUCAUGUAUGUAAUCAUUUUGGAAGAAUGUUAUUUGUAUACUAAAAGUAAUUAUUAUUAUUAAAUAAGUAUUAUUUAUCAUGAUGAA